AUCAUGGACACCCACUUCUCCCUCCCCCAACUUCUUCCCUCUCUCUUCUCCCGCUCCAUCUCUUACCUCUCCCUUCUACCCACCACGUCGCAACGCAUCAACAGCCGCGUCCAUUCAUCGACCUCGAACACGUCAAGGCUGUCAGAGCCGUGUUUUUCCACCACUUCCUCCGCCGCGACUCUCCACGUCCCCGCCAACUCUACCCACAACGCGCACUCUUGGCUUUGCGACCGUUCGCUCCCACCACGUUCCGCCUCCCUCCCCUCCAAGUUCACAACCAUCGACGACAUCAGGAGAGAAUCGCCAAUGUUGCGUUAAUGGCAUGCUAGUCACCGCCGAUCCACCUUCUUGACCACAUCGCACCUCCGGGGGCCCCACCGAGUGGGCUAGGACGCUGCAAAAAUGGUGCUCUUCAAGCGGAAGCCGUUUAGCCUCCUUCCCCCGCUACCUCACAUCCCGGACGAUGCGGAGGUGUUUGUCAUGCGAGGGACGGGAGAAAUCUUCGUCAAUUACGAGAGAUACUUGAGAAGACUUGACUAUCUCAUGCAGAAAAAGUUUGUCGACGCUGUCAAUGGCAAAUCUGGGCUCACAUACUUCGAUGCGCUCGAAUCUGAGAACAAAAGCACAACCGCGAUUGAAAACGUCUUCCCAGAGGUGCUCCGAGAUCCCAUUCUCAGGAAGGUGCAAUUCUCGACCAUCUCUCGGAUCGACGAUCUUGUCAACGCCGUUUACGAUGAAUUCAAGCGAGAUUUCUUCCCAGGUGAGGACAUCAUCAUUCUUGGCGCCGGCGAUGUUAGCGAGCAGUGGGAGGGCACGAUUCGGGAAAAAGCGAAGUUUCCGAUGAUCCGUGGUCCCAAUGGCGAGAUCCAGCGCGCCGCAUUUGCGAGAUAUUUCGUGCGGAUGCAUGACUCCUCCCCCGACGAGGAGGCGUUGGUCGACGACAAGCAUUUGCGACGCGACAGAAAGGUCUUCACCAAGCAAAACUUGCGCGCUUUCCUGAAACACUCGCUGCAGCGCGAGGCCUGGAUCGGAGCCCCGUGGUUGGUGAAGGAGCAUCUGGCGAUUCAGUACCGAUUGCCCAUGGAGAUCCCAGCACAUCUCCUGCAAGAUGCGAAGUUGUUGGCAAGCAAGCAACAAAUGCUUCAAACAAAACAACCGCGCAAACGGACGAAGAACUUUUCACAGGACGAGCUCAAGCGAAUACAGGCCGAAGAGAUGCAACGGACGGGCGCGCAGAGUCCAGGCACCACCGUACAAGCAGAGCCGAGCCAACCAGCGGCUCCCGUCAUCAAGUACCCCAUUGAAGACCUCGACAUCGCGCCCAAUCGCAACGGUGUUGUUCGGCCUGCGCUCGAAUUUUUCACAGACGAGAUGGCUGCGUACGUCAGGAACGGUCGAAAUCAACCACUCAACGAUAUUACCAUGGAGUCUAUGGGAAUGCUGCUGGAGGUUUGGAACACUCUGAACGUGCAAUGCGAGGUCUAUGUCCUGGACAGUUUCACGUUUGACGACUUUUGUGACGCCAUGCGGUACAAGUCGCGCGAUGUGCCGUGUGAGCUGCUGGAGGAGAUGUACUGCGCAGUGCUCAAACUCCUGGUAGACGACGAAGGCGACGUCACCUUGGCGAAGAACAUCCUGCCCGAGAAACCCGAUGCCGACGACUCAUCUGAUGAACAACCUGAUGAGAGUGGGGCAUCCACGCCACUACCCGAGGUGCCUGCAAGAUCUACCCGAAGUCGACUCAGUCAGGUGGAGACAGUGGCCGACAUGGUUGAGAGAGCUCAUCGCGCGAUUGAAGUGCCAGGGGCGCAGGAUUGGGAAGCUCGCGCUGGUGCAAGAGACUUUUCCAACGGCGGCUGGCAGAUUGUGCUUAUUGGCUUGCUGCACCGACUCUCCUUGUCGCCAAUAUGGAAAGAACGCGCCGACAAGAUCCUGGCCUGGCUGGCCCCAAUCGAGACCAUCCCCGAUUCACAGACCCCACGCAUUCGAUUUGCCACCAUGGACAUUAAUCUUCGAAUUCUGGCCCUGCAAAUGAUUACGAUGCUUUCGAUCUCUUCGCCAGCCAUCAAAAACUUUUUGGAGACAAGCAGCGAGGACAUGACGGGCGAGCGCAAAAAGAAGAUCGAACUCCAGAAGAAGAAGAGACAGUUGGCGGAAGAACUCCAGAUCAAGGACCGAGAGCGGAAGAUUUUGUUGCCCGAUAACAUGCUCCCCGACUCUCCCGAGCAGGUAUCUGUCGAGCCAGUGUCGAUCAACGGCGAUGAUGACACGAUCGAGGUCAACGGCAUGAUGAGCUCGGAUGGUGACGACGACGAGCCCAGCACUGGGCGCUCCUUACGCCGGGGCAACGACCGCAAGCGCAAACGAGAGGAAGAGGCCAUUCGCGUGGCCGAGGAGAAGAAGAAGGCGGAGCUCGCCAAGCAGCAACCCAAGCAGUCGAAAGAGUUCCGCAAGGUGUUGGCAGACAUUGAAGAACUGAAGAAAAACAUCCACACUACCGAAUCAGACAUCCAGGACUGUGACCGAAACUUGCGCGAGGCUAACGUCCAGCGUACGAAGGUGCUCGGUCGCGAUCGAUUCUGCAAUCGGUAUUAUUGGUUCGAGCGGAACGGACAGCCGUUUGGCGGCCUACCGCGGUCCAGCACAUCACACUACGGCUAUGCAAAUGGCAGAAUAUGGGUUCAGGGACCUGACGAACUGGAAAGGAGUGGCUUGAUCGAUCGCACGCCAGAAGACCAGGAGGAGUACCAGCGACAAUUCAACCUGACCGUGCCCGAACGACGGGCGCUCGAGGAAGGCUCUACGAUGCUUCAAUCCGCCCACGAGUGGGGCUACUACGACGACCCGGUGCUCCUCGACAACCUCAUCGGCUGGCUAGACGACCGUGGUGAACGCGAGAAGCGACUUCGCAAAGAACUCCUCGAGUGGCGCGACACCAUCGUCCAGUACAUGGAAGCGCACAAGAGUUUCAAAGACGAGGAGGCCGCGAGGAGGAUGGAGGUCGAUGAGGAGCAUGCGACGCGCAUCUCGACGCGUCACCGGGCACAUGAAGGCCAGAGUGCGUCGCGGCAGCGCUGUCUCAAGUGGACGAAUGGCUUGGCUAUGGAGUAUCUGGGCCACUUGCAUUCCGAGUCGGUGGUGCGGAGCAAGUCGAAGCGGAAGGUGGCGCUGCAUCCUGCGAAGGGAAUUGCUGUGCCUGUCAAUAGACACGGGAAACCGGUCACGCGGCAGGGAGUGUGAGGAAAGGUUGGAGCUGCGAAUGACCGAGACGUCUUGGCAGCCUGCCACUGCUAUGAGACGGCAGCCGAUGAUCUGCAUGUGAUAGGACCCAAACAUU